GUCAAAAUUGACAUCUUUUUUACAUUUUUAUCAAUACACGGUUUUUUAAACUUUUUUAACUUUUACAUUUUUCAAUUUUACUUUUCAAAAAGUUUCAUAAUUACAAAAUUACCUUUUCCCUUCUUCCUUACACACGUACACGCACGCCACCUCAUAACUCCUUUUUUAUUUUUUUUUUUGAAUUUUUCAUUUCUCUGAUUCUUCCACUCUUCAAACCGUAGCUUCCCACGAUCACCAUUCUCAAGCCCUAACCCAUUUCUUCUUCCCACGAUCACCUUCUCCAAGCCUUCACCCACGUUUUCCUCAACCUACAUUGUCAUCCUCCACUAUUUUUUUCUAUAUAAAUGGCAACCACUAGAAGUGGUUCGAAAUCACCAUCUCCGGCGAAGAAAGUUUCUAAAAAAUCGAAGAAGGCUCCAGCUGUUACUUCCAAAGUCGAACCUAAAAUGGGGUUAAAAAAAAUUGCUAAAAAUUUAGUGGCUGAUGUUCCAGAGACAUCGGCCUCUAAGAAAAGAGCCCUUCCUGUUAAAGUAGAUGCUCCUAAGACUAAGAGAGCAAAAAUUUCCAAGUCUGCACGCGAUGUUUCCUCAGAUUCCGAUUUUGAGGAUGAAGUGCAUGGUGAGGACCAAAAGCCCAAAGUUAAAUCAAAGGUCCAUGCUAGGACCUCAGUGAAGGUUGAAGGAUUUGACCUACCAAAGAAAAAUCCCCCUAAGGUGUCUUUUUUUUAAAAAAAAAAUAUUAUUUUUAUUAUUUGUUUUCUAUUUUUUUUUUAGUUUUGUUUGUUUUUGUCCUGAUUUAUUUUG